AUGGCGGCCCUGUCGAUCGCUGCCUACUUCUUUGCUCGAUAUCAAGCAUUGGGCUCACACUUUAGGCCCUUCAAAGUAGACCACGUCUGCGUGGAUGAUCUCAUCGACGGCACUUACCAUCGAGAAGCCAAGAAUCCUAAGGACAUGGCCUUUGGCUUGUGGGCUGUACUGCAGCGACGCACUCAGUCUGUCAUGCCGCGCGUGGACUAUGGAGAAUCGAAGGAAACAAUUUAUACGGUAUUUUCUCGGCUUCUAGUUGAGGCUACUGGCUCGCCCCAUCUGCUUCUAAUUGCUGCCAUGGACAACAUGGAAGGACAGCCUUCUUGGGCACCAAACUGGGCAUCAGAAGAGAAGCAUGAUAGUGACUGGAGAGAUGUCGAGCACAUCAUCCGUUCGAACCAUGGCGCAGAUAGUCUGAAGCGGCGAACCGCAGACAACAUACGUAUCUCAAUGCUGGACAAGCUGGCAGCCUUUGGUUCGCAAGUCGCUUCAGGACUACCCUUCGACCUCCCCAGAAUGAAGCAGAAGACACUCGAAUGGGCAGGUCCCUAUGGCGCCUGGUGUUCAGUCUGUUCUCCAGAGACCGAAGAGACGCACACGAACCUCCCUUUUGGUCUCGUUACUCUGCCUUCAGAACCCGCGAUGAAUGCCGCUGGCCGGACUUCAGACCACCCUUUCAAGGACCUUCGUUCCGCCCGCCGCACCUACCAACGUUCCAAGAUAUACCCUGAGCGCAUCUAUAGCGGCAACAAGCGUCGUCGCUCCGACAAAUCUCUACUCGCUCGAGUAGCAGCAUCAUCCAAGGAUCCGUACAAGCAGAUAGAAAUCCAAGAAUGGGAGGGCGACUGGGACGCCGAUUGGGCACAUGAAAUAGACAUGGAGCGCAUAGACGACAUAGCUGCGUACUACCUCUUCGGCAAGAAUGCCGACAUCUUCGAAUGCUACAAUGAUGGAGACAUAAUGGCUGGCGAAGACUUCGGGUCCUGGGCACGACGACGUAUCGCAGAAAUGCGACAAGUCAAGGAACAUCGCAUACACAGAUACGGUAAACCUACAAGCUCUUCGCCACUAUCAGUCUUAACGCAUACGAUGCGCAACGAUUCGCGUCCCGGUCGUACCAGCGCCACCAUCCUCACCGCGCCCCACGCAAACUCCCACGAAACAACCCUACCCACGAGUCUCUCGGAUAUUCGUGCGCACCUCACUCUAGCCUGCGCCCUUGCACCGUCCGAGAACCUCAAACAGCGCUGCUGUAGCCGCAACCUGCCAGCCUUGCCCAUCAUCUAUGGUUUCAAUUGGUGGGGCGAAUAUACUUGGCAAUGGCAUAGAAACAUGUCUGGGUGUUGGUACCUCGGCUACGGGCACGCGUGUCAGGAGAAUUGCGAGGAGCCAUGCACACGGCCGUGUUGGGGUCAUAUGCUGUACGAAUGCUAUUGUGAGGAAUUUGGUGUGGGAACGGAUUGGGAGGUGCCAGCGCCGGAGGAUGUGCAGAGGUGUAGUAUCGUGGAGUGGGUUAGUGGAAAAUUGAGGGAGGAUAUGGAGAACGAUCACGACGAGGUUGUCUGGUGGAGGCUACAAGGAACAGUGAAAGAGGACGAACAGGAUUCAGAAGCUGAUCUUGGUCAACAGCGGGAGUAUGGGAACUACUUCGAAGAUGAAUAUGUCAUCCUAGGAAAGAAAGACGAGGAUAGUGAUGCAUGGAGUCUCAUCAGCAGUGUUGACGGAAGGUCUUGUUCAUAA